UAUAUCUGAGCAAUGGAGCCAAAGCCCACCCAGAGCGGGUGGGGGGCUGCUCAACUGGGUCAUAUAAAACUUCCCCACAGUAGGAGAGCUUUUAGUUCACAGCUCAGUGAAGAACUGAGACACACCGAUAAAAAAAAAAAAAAAAAAGAGGAACACCAGCAAACAGCAAUGGCAUCUCUGGGGCUGCAGAUUCUGGGCGUUGGGCUGGCGGUGCUCGGAUGGAUAGGAAACAUACUGAUCUGUAUGCUGCCCCUGUGGAAGGUGUCUGCUUUCAUUGGGAACAACAUCGUGGUGGCUCAGAGCAUCUGGGAAGGACUGUGGAUGACCUGUGUGGUGCAGAGCACGGGCCAGAUGCAGUGCAAGGUGUACGACUCCCUGCUGGCCCUGCCUCCUGAUCUCCAGGCGGCCCGGGCCAUGGUAGUCAUCGCCAUCCUGUUCUCUCUGUUUGGCCUGCUGCUCUCUGUAGUUGGAGGGAAGUGCACCACGUGCAUUGGCGACAAAGCAGCAAAAGCCAGAGUGGCCAUCUCAGCAGGUGUUUUCUUCAUCCUGAGCGGGGCUCUGUGUCUGGUGACUGUCUCCCUGCCUGCUAACACUAUCAUAAAGGAUUUCUACAACCCCUUGGUUCCUGAUGCCCAGAGGAGAGAGCUGGGUGCAUGUUUGUACGUGGGCUGGGGUGCAUCGGGACUGCUGCUGAUCGGUGGUGCUCUUCUCUGCUGUCAGUGCCCGUCAGGAAGAGACCGCUAUAAUGGACCGAAGUACUCCCCGCCCAAGUCCACAACACCUGGGAAGGAAUUUGUCUGAGCUGGAGGCUCCUUUUGAAAAGUGGCUGACUUUACAUAUAGUACAAACCUGUUGCGUAUCCAAGUGUGAUUUGCAAUUUGACUAACUUCUUUCAACUAACACACUGCUGCCUUUUGUUUCUGAGAAAUGCAAGAGACUCUAAGGUAUGUGGCAUAUUAGAUUAAUGCAUCGUUGAGUUAGGACCAGAGUUUUUUUUAAAUUCAGUCAUUGUUUUGUAUUAUAAUUUCAAUAUUAAUUCAGACUCUCCUGGUGUUUUUAUUUUCUUUUUUGCAACAUAAGCACUUCAGAAAGACUCAUGUAUUCGCCAUGUGAAAUUUAUUUUUCAUUCUGUUUUUUUUUUCAUUCAUGCAAUAAACAUUAUUUUUUUGUCAGCAAUGUUUUUAAUAUGACUGAUCUAGUGGAAUUCAACAAACAAGGUAUGCAUACUGAAAAUAUUGGAUCUAAGAUUAAGAUUUUAUACACAAAACAUGAUCAUCUUAUAUGAUCUAUAUGUUAUUAUCACGGCUAUAUGUGAUUUGUGAUAUUGGGCUAUAUAAAUAAUUGACUUGACUUUAUAAAAUACUUAAAGUUCGCUCCACCUUGACCAGAUAAAAUAUUGAAAUGUUGCUUGCAUCAGAACAAAUAAUCCAGUACUGUAAUAUGUUAAUAUUGACAACAGGCAUUCUGCAUAAUGAGUACUUUUACAUGUGAUAGUUCAAGUACAUUGUGUACUUUUACCCACAACUAAGCAACAUUUUUACACUGUAUAUUGUUACUUUUACCAAAGCAAAAGAUCUGACUGGCCUGAUCUCAGCUAAGGGGCCAAAAUGUAAAACAGACACAAUGGUGGAAAAAUUACAGCAGCGUAUUGUUUCUCUUGGCAGACUGGUUUCAGUUGAAAAUGUCUGUAAACAAAAAGAAACCCAUUAAAGAGGUUAAGGAUAUAUCAUCCUGACAAGACUUGGCAGAUGUGCUCUUACUGGGCAAAGUGUAAAUAUCCAUUCUUUGCAGAUAUAAAACAGUUCCUUAGCAACAUGAAUCCCAGCAUACACAGUGCACUGUUGUCUCAGGCACUGAUGUCCGUUUUUCACUGAAGACAGAAACUGUACUUUACUGUCUUAAUACGAGGCCAGCCGAUUACAACAUGGAAAACAUCUCAACCAGA